CGUUGUGCUGAUGCUCCUCGUUCCUCGUUUCAAACUUUCAGGUGUACCCUGUCUCUUUGCCUUUGGACUAGCUUUAACGAUGACAAGGUGAUUAAAUUAUGGAAGAGUGUCCAAAGCUUUACCUCUGCUCUCUUUUUUUCUUCGAUCUUCUUUGACUUGUUUCUCUUCUUUCCCGUGCCGGCUCCAUUCUUUCUGUCGCCAUUCUUUGCAAUCUCUUACCUGCGAAGAUAGAGCAGCAGCGAAGAUAGAGCCUAGACAUUGCGUCCCGAAUUCCCGAUCUGGAUAGAGCAGAGCAGGCAGAGGAAGCAGAGCAAAACGAUCGAUUCCCAGGAUUAGAUCCUUACGUCCUGUGAGUACCUCCUAGCUAGAAGGGAAAGGCUUGGAAGCAGAGAAAGAAAAUAAGUAGCUCAAUCAUAGAACAGGAAGAAAACAAGAGCACCCAAGACUUGAUAUGCCCAUCGCCACUGCAAGGAGGAGGAGAAGAAGGAAAUGCAUCAGCGGCAGCAGCAGCAGCAAUGCUCGCCCAGGACAAUCUCCCUCUCGCUGCUGCUGCUGUUGCUGCUGCUGCUCGUCAAUCCCAACCCCACAAAGUCACAGCUCCCGGGGACCUGGCAGCUCCUCGUCCCAAACGCCGGCAUCGCCUCCAUGCACACCGCCGUGACCCACUACGGCACCGUUCUCCUCCUCGACCGCACCGACAUCGGCGCCUCCAAGAUCAGCCUCACGGACAACCGCUGCCGCCGCGACGCCGCCGACAAGUCCCUCCAGACCGACUGCUCCGCCCACUCGGUCAUCAUCGACGUCGCCACCGCCGCCGUCCGCCCGCUCACCAUCCUCACCGACACCUGGUGCUCCUCCGCGCAGUUCACCGCCAACGGCACGCUCCUCCACACCGGCGGCGACUUCGACGGCAACCGCAAGCUCCGCUACUUCGUGCCGUGCCCCGAGCCGGGCGCCUGCGACUGGGUCGAAUCCAGCGACCAGUCCCUCAAGGCAGGACGCUGGUACGCCACGAACCAGCUCCUCCCGGAUGGUCGCACCAUCGUCGUCGGCGGCCGCGACAGCUUCACGCUCGAGUUCGUGCCUCCGUCACCCGGUGACGAGCUCGUCACCUUCCCGUUCCUGAGCUCCACCCGCGACAUGCAGAUGGACAACCUCUACCCCUACGUCCAUCUCCUCCCCGACGGCAACCUCUUCGUCUUCGCCAACCGCGACUCCAUCCUCUACGACUACAAGCGCAACGCGGUGCUACGUAAGUUCCCGGCCAUCCCCGGCGGCCCCCGGAACUACCCCUCUGGCGGCUCCUCCGUGCUGCUCCCCCUCUCCGCCGCCGACGGUUUCACCGCGGUGGAAGUUCUCAUCUGCGGCGGCUCCCAGUUUGGAGCGUUUCUCAACCCCGAGGCGAAGAUCCCUGCGCUGGACACCUGCGGUCGGCUCGCGGUAUCGGACCCGUCACCCCGCUGGAAGAUGGAGACCAUGCCUUUCAAGCGAAACAUGGGAGACAUGGUGUUGCUCCCCUCCCGGGACGUGCUCAUCAUCAACGGAGCUCAAGCCGGAUCCCAAGGCUUCGGCCUGUCCGAUAUCCCCUGCUUAAACCCCGUGCUCUACAAGCCCGCUGGUCCCGACGGCCUGAGAUUCAUGGUCCUGAACCCGAGUUCCAUCCCCAGGAUGUACCACUCCACCGCCAACCUCUUGCCGGACGCUCGGGUGCUCAUCGCUGGGAGCAACACUCACUACUACUACACUUUCACCGGGUCUUUCCCGACCGAGUUGCGAGUGGAGACCUUCUCUCCGGAGUACCUGAGCGAAGGCUUGGCGAGCUUGAGACCGACCAUCAUCGGCUCCCCGGUUGUGCUCUUCUACGGGCUUGAGUUUACCGUGACUGUGACUGUACCGCUGCCUGUGACCGGGACGCUGGAGGUUAGCCUCGUCAGUGCUCCCUUUACCACACACUCGUACUCGCAGGGCCAGCGGCUGGUGCAUUUGAGCUCCACGACUCCGGUCUCGAUUGGGGAUAGGACUUACACCGUAACCGGGACGGGACCUCCCACCGGGAACUUGGCUCCGCAGGCGUACUAUAUGUUGUUUGUUGUCAACCAGGGGAUCCCGAGCACUGCAGUGUGGGUACAAGUCAGGGAAUGAUCGAACGAGAAAGGAAGCGAAAAAGGAGACUUUAAAGGACAUUCUUUUUUGCCUGUGGAAAUAAAAUAAUAAAAACACUCACAUCACAUACUUUGUUGAGCAACCAUUUCGCUGUCAGAGUGUUCUUUUGCAAGGUGCGUGCUUCUUGUGAUCAGAUCAAGC